AUGACCGCUCCUCCACCAGCGGCGUGGCGGGUCAUCAGCGAGAAUGGCGCUUUGGUCCGAGAAGAGGCGGACUUGAAAAGUCGUGAGCUGGGACGUGUGACCACGGGCGCGGUGCUCUUGCAGGAGGCGCCUGUGUCGCUCUCCUCGCGCUUGCGCUUCCGGCUCCUGCGUGGCACCGGCCCGCGCGCUGGCUUCGUGUCCGUGAAGAUCAAAGGGAAGGCGUUGCUGGAGGAAUGUGAGCUUGAGACUCCGACGACGCACCUCCCUAGAGUGACGAUGGAGGUGGAAAUGCCCGGUGACGGCUUCACUGCAUGGUUUCCCUUCCGCCGGGUCGCCAACUUCCGUGACCUCGCCGAUUCGACCUGUGGGUCGCCGCCGCCGAAGCGGCCGCUGCGCCGCGGGCGGUUGUUCCGCUCGGGGCACUUUGCAGCGGCACAGCCAGAGGACCUGGCGUACUUGGAGACCUUCGGUUUGCGCACUUAUGUGGACCUACGGGAUGGCCUUGAUUUGGAGGGUGCGGACGCACCAAUCUAUGAGCGCUUCCCUCCUUCACCGCGCGCGCAACGCGAUGGCGCGGCCGCUGAUCGGUCGCCUGGGCAGCCGCGUCGCGUGUGGUGCCCCUUCAGUAAAGAUCUGAAGUUGCGGCCCUGGACCAACGAGGAGAAGGCCAACCUGGUGCCCGAGUGGGACCGGAAAGCUUGGCACAGCUGGUGGUAUCAGCGAUUGAUCCGCAUGAACAUGGAGAAGAAGGUGGACUUGAACACUGCCUCCAACCUUUGUGCUUUGAACCGCGCCAUCUUGUUCGUGAACGCCGACGAGGUCUUGAAAGCCAUGAAAGUGCUCACUGAGGAGCAAAACUACCCCGUGGUCUUUGGCUGUGUCGCAGGAAAGGAUCGUACAGGGCUUUUGGCCUGUCUCAUCUUGAGUGCCCUGGGAUUGGACCAGGAGGCCAUUCUGACUGACUACCUGAAGACGAAUCAGGCAUCUGAACACAUCAACGCUUGCGCGCAGGUUGGCAUGGCGCUUUGGUGGAAGCAAGUGGAGCAAGAAGAUCCGCGGCGCUUCAAGAUGAUGCAGAAAUCUGGCCAGGUCCAUCCCUUGCAGUAUGACGCCAGCUGGCCAGGCCUUCGGCCAGGCGCGGCCAUGGAUGGUGACGCCGCGUCGGGGGCGGCCACGGCGUCCGAGCACGGCGCAGCGGUCUUUCCGCAGACCAUGGCUUAUACGCUGGAGAUGCUCGAAGAGGAGGGCGGCGCCUUGGCCUACUUGGACUCGAUCGGCUUUGGAGCGCAGGACGUCGCCAAGCUUCGCGAGCUCUUGCUGGAGCCCUCCGAGCAGCCGGAGCGCUGA